AUGCUCAACUCGGCACCCACCGCCGUGCGCACCUCGCUGCGCUCCCUCCGCCGCCGUGCCGAGCCGUCCCCCGCCUCAUCGUGGCUCCGCACUUCAACCCUCCCACGACCGCUCCCACCGACACCGGCAGCCUGCUGCGCACCGCCAUCCACCUCGUUCACCCGUAUACCAGCCUCCACCCGUCCAGCCUCGACGGCAGCGCGACCUCGUCUCGAGGACGACCCCCCAUUGUCCUCCUCGACCCUCCCCUCCCCCUCGACAACCGCCCCACCAACCCCUCUCGCUCGGUCCGACAUCAAGCUCCGCCCUUAUCAAGUCGACUGCAUCCGCGCCGUCCUCGACGAGCUCGAGCGCGGCGAGUUUUCCCGGCUCGGAGUGAGCGCUCCCACCGGCUCGGGCAAGACCGCCAUCUUCACCUCGCUCAUCUCGCACCUCCCCGCCCUCGUCCACCCCGUCUCGGGCGAGGUCGCGACCCGGGUCCUCGUCAUCGUCAACUCGAUCCAGCUCGCGACCCAGACGGCCGACGCCGUCAAGCGCGCUUUCCCGCAACUCGUCGUCGAGGUCGAGCAGGGCCGCAGCCUCGCGACCGGCGCCGCCGACGUCACCGUCUGCACGUUCCAGACGCUCGCCCGCUCGUCCUUUGCCCGCCUCGAAAAGUUCCUCCCCGAGCACUACAAGGCCGUCAUCGUCGACGAGGCGCACCACGCCGCAGCCCCGUCGUACCUCGAGAUCCUCGCCCGCUUCGACUCGCACGUCGAGCACGCGCUCGGCGCCGCCGGCGUCGACACGCGCCGCGUCGAGGCCAACGAGAUCGCGCCCGCCGUCGACCAAGCCGAGCACGUGACGUCGACGGCCUACGAGAACGACGUCGAGGGCGAGUUCUUGCCACCGUCGGACGAGGGCGGCGCGUCGGCCGACGGCGACGGCGUGCCCGACUCGCACCUGCCGAGCCCGUCGCCGCUCCUCGCCAACCUCGACGAGCUCGGCCGCAUGCGUGUCCCUCUCCUCGCCUUUACGGCGACCUGGGGCCGCGCAGACGGCCUCGCCCUCGGCAAGAUCUUUGAGAAGAUCGUCUGGCACGGCGAGUGGCUCGACAUGAUCCGCGGCAACUGGUUGUCGCAGCUCGAGUUCACGACCGUCCACCUCGGCUCGGCCGUCGACAUGGCCCAGAUCGACGUCUCGAGCUCGACGGGCGACUUUACCGCCGCAAGUCUCGCUCGCUCGAUCGACAAGGACGCCGUCAACAAGCUCGCCGUCAACGCCUGGCUCGAAAAUGCCCGAG